UUCCAGUCCUUCUAGGACACUUCAAUCGGUGCACUAAUCUUAAAGGUUUUUGGUCCGAGGCCUUGGGUUCGAACUGCUGCAAUGGCGCCUGUGAGAACCACAGGCGCUAUUGUCGCUGCUGCUGCUAUAUCCAUGGCGGUGCUUUCCUACUUGUUCAGCUCCAAAAAACCCAACUUAGUCCUCUUAAAGGAGAAAAAGAAGAAGCCCAGAAAUGGGCUUAUUGAUGCCAUUGGAAACACUCCCUUGAUUCGCAUCAACAGCCUCUCUGAUGCCACUGGUUGCGAGAUUCUUGGGAAGUGUGAGUUUUUGAAUCCUGGAGGGAGUGUGAAAGAUAGAGUUGCGGUCAAAAUAAUUGAAGAGGCUUUAGAAUCUGGGAAGCUAGCUCAAGGUGGAAUUGUUACUGAGGGGAGUGCAGGAAGCACUGCUAUCAGCCUUGCUACAGUUGCUCCUGCCUAUGGAUGCAAAUGCCAUGUGGUUAUCCCCGAUGAUGCUGCUAUUGAGAAGUCUCAAAUAAUUGAAUCCCUUGGAGCUACUGUUGAGAGGGUAAGACCUGUCUCAAUUACACACAGGGACCACUUUGUCAAUAUUGCACGCAGAAGGGCACUAGAAGCAAAUGAGGCAGCAUCAAAGCAUAGAAAAGCUGACCAAAUGAAUGGUGAAUCCCUGGAGCAAACCAUUGAUUACACAACUGGUGGAGAGAAACAAAGUUCGGCUCUACCACAUAAUUGCAAAGGUGGCUUCUUUGCUGAUCAGUUUGAAAAUCUAGCAAACUUCCGAGCCCACUAUGAGGGUACUGGGCCUGAGAUUUGGGAUCAGACUGGAGGUAGUUUAGAUGCAUUUGUAGCGGCUGCAGGCACAGGAGGGACAGUGGCUGGUGUUUCCAGGUUUCUCCAGGAAAAAAAUCCAAACAUUAAGUGCUUCUUGAUAGAUCCUCCCGGUUCUGGUUUAUUCAAUAAGGUUACAAGAGGGGUGAUGUACACUAGAGAGGAGGCUGAAGGACAAAGACUUAAGAAUCCGUUUGACACAAUAACAGAAGGAAUUGGAAUCAACAGGUUAACACAGAAUUUCAUGAUGGCAAAACUUGAUGGAGCUUUCAGAGGCACAGAUUUGGAAGCUGUUGAAAUGUCUAGGUUUCUUUUGAAGAAUGAUGGGCUCUUUCUUGGAAGUUCAUCAGCCAUGAAUUGUGUUGGAGCUGUUAGGGUGGCACAAUCCAUUGGCCCUGGUCACACUAUUGUGACUAUUCUUUGUGACAGUGGGAUGAGGCAUCUGAGUAAGUUUUGCAAUGCUGAAUAUCUGUCUCAGCAUGGAUUGACACCCAAGGCUACUGGAUUAGAGUUUCUGGGUAUCAGAUGAGUUUGUGUGACCUAGAGCUGAUGUUUCUUGUCACUUCCAUCCAAAAAGUUUUGAGCAGGCCUAUGCAGCUACAUUUCUUCAGCAAAGUUUUGUAUUAAAUUAUGGCAAUUAUAUCAGUGUUUAUCUCCCUUAGAACGUGCCAUCUUAGUUUUUUAUAGAUAACAUAUUGAAGCAGGAUUAGGCAGUAGGCACAUCUCCAUUAGGAUAGUGUUAGUUUUUUGCUUUAUUCUCUUACAGUAACACUAUAGCAAGAGGCACAUCUCUGCUUGUUCUACGGACAAUUUUUGGUUCAUUCUUUUUCGGACAUCAUAUGUAUUUUCUUUCAGUGCUGUAUACAGGGAUGAUUGAUAUCAUUUUGUCAUGAUAAAUGGAAUGAGUUAAUACAGAUAUAGCGGUUAUUAUGAUCAA